CGUUGAUUUUUUUGGCACAGAUUAGAGUCUGUGAUAUUCAAUCCACCCUUGCUCCCUCAUCUUACUUUCGCCGCCCAAACACAAAUCAUGGCCGAUGCAAGCGAUAAUCCACUCGCACCAAAGCAGCAAGAAGAAGACACCGAAGUCCACUUCGAGCCUGUCAUCAAGCUUACUGAACAAGUCGAAACAAGGACCCUUGAGGAAGAUGAAGAUGUUAUGUUCAAGAUGCGUGCCAAACUAUUCCGAUUUGAUACCUCAGCAAGCGAGUGGAAGGAAAGAGGAACUGGCGAUGUUCGUCUCCUCCAACACAGGCAGACGAAGAAGGUUCGGCUGGUGAUGCGACGUGACAAGACUCUGAAAGUCUGUGCGAACCACCUAAUUACUUCCAGUAUGCACCUCCAACCCAACGUCGGAUCUGACAGGAGCUGGGUGUGGAAGGUUGCCGCCGACUAUGCUGAGAACCCACCCACUGCUGAAACGCUGGCCAUCCGCUUCGCGAACUCAGAAAAUGCACAGCAAUUCAAGAAAGAAUUUGAACGAGCUCAAAUGAUCAAUGCAGGAGGGCUCGACUUUGACGAGAAGGAAAAGGAAGUUAACAAAGAAGAGAACGUAGAGGAGGAAUGUCAUGAAGAAGAAAAGCAGGAAAAGGAAAAGGAGGCAGCCACCGCCGACGAGAAGGAGUGAUCGGUAAAGCUGCUUACCCUGUUUAUCUUUCGUUGGUCAUCCUAUCCACUUCCGAGACGACAACUCCGGGAUUUCUCAUUUGCAUGAUGACCCAGCUUCCUCGACAUUUCUCUUUACCAUCCACUCUCUCCACUUGAUAGUGUAGAAGAACCAGUCCGACAUUUACUUAGGCAUGUCCACGAGAUACCGGGAAGAAGUCGUUCCUUUCAUAAACCAGCUUUACUUGAGGUUCCUAAACCCUGUGGCGAAUAAUACACACAAAUAACAUGAGGUACAGAAUCAUAUUAAU